GGGAGGGAAGAAAAUCCUCUUUUAGCGUUUGCAAAUUGGCUGUGUUUGGGCCCUCCUUCAAUGCUUAGCCCAGAUAUUUACGACUUUGUGUUAGCUUUAACUUCCUGCUUUCUCUAAGCCUAACUGUCAGCCAGAGGUGAAAGCUUAUGGUCUUCCCAUUUCUUUUUUGAGCACAUAACCUGCCCUGGGCAUAUACAUGGAUUUCUAAAUAACCAUUAUAGAGAGGGGAUUGUCAAAGCCCUUAUUUUCCAAAGUGACUCUCUUCCCAGGUUUUCCUCCAAGGCUGUCAGCAUCUUAGGGCUUGCCCCAAUCAUAAUCUUUUGCAGGGUGGCAGGGACUUGUUUGUUUUUAAAAUGUGUUUAAGGAAAAUCCUUUACCUAGUAACUUUUCUACUCUGAGAGAGAUCUAGGUAGGUAAAACAAAAGGAAGUGCUUUUGUCAGUCCUUCAGGGAACCCUCAGACAGGUCAGAACAGACAAAUACAACUUCCUGGUAAUAAGGUCCACUCUGCUCCCUCCAGAAUCAGAUACUCACACUGGAAAUAUGAUCUUCUGUCUUCUAUUCUGCUACCAUAUUAGGGAAGGAGUUGGGGAAGCCUAAGUUAAAAAUAUCACGAAGCUUUUCUAUUCCUGCCAUGUUGAGUUAUCUUGAUUUAACUUUUUACUUGGUUGCUCUAAACAUUUGACGAUUUUCUGGAGUUCUCACAAAGUUGAUUCUGAAAGUAUAUAGCAGUAUUAUCAUUGGCAACAUUGCGGAUUAUGAAAACUUGGAAGUUCAUUUUUAAAAAUAUGGCCUUUAAUUACGUCAAAAAGUCUAAGACCAGGAUGUUUUGGCUAAAUAUAAGAGAAAUUAUUACUUUAGAUUUUGAGAGACAUUUCAACUAUGUGUCCACAAAGAUCUUAGAUUCAUAAUACAUCUAAUCUGUAAGUAUACUUUUGUUAUGAUCUGGCCAUUUUUUGAAUACUGACUCUCCAGUUUUGUAUACUGCCUCUCAUAAUUGUCAAGGCUUUGGGUUAAGUAUGAGGAGAUGCUGCAAUCAGAACCAAACUUUAUGCAUUAGUAAUAUCUUCUUCUGUUUUAUUAUAAUGUAUUUUGUUCAAAAAUGCUGUCUUUCUCAUAGGGCGUACACAAACUUGACUACUACUGAAUGGUCAGCUCCAAUUGUGUGGCAUGGCACUUACAAUGAGUCAGUUUUGGAAAAUUAUUACGCAAAUCAUAAAAUUACUGUGGGGUUGACUGUGUUUGCUGUGGGAAGAUACCUUGAGUUCUAUUUGCCAGGCUUUUUGUUAUCUGCUGAUAAGUUUUUUAUGGUUGGCCAGAAAGUAAUAAUUUAUGUCAUGGUAGAUAACUUCUCCAAGAUGCCUUGGAUACAUCUGGGUCCCCUCCGUACAUUCAAAGUUUUUGAAAUUAAACGAGAGAAGAGAUGGCAAGAUAUCAGUAUGAUGCGCAUGAAAACCAUCAGUGAACUCAUUGUCAACCACAUCCAAUACGAAGUUGACUUCCUGUUCUGCAUGGACGUGGACCAAACCUUCAGAAAAAAAUAUGGAUUGGAGACUCUGGGAGAGUCAGUAGCUCAGUUACAUACUUAUUGGUAUCAGGUAAAUCCUAAUCUAGUACCUUAUGAAAGAAGUCAGUUAUCAGAAGCAUAUAUACCUAUGAACAAGGGAGAUUUUUAUUACCAUGCUGCUGUUUUUGGUGGCACUCCCCUUCAGGUUCUUGAUAUUGCCAGGGAGUGCUCCAAAGGAAUCAUCAAUGAUAAGAAAAAUAACAUUGAAGCAGUGUGGCAUGAUGAAAGCCACCUAAACAAGUAUUUCUUUCUCCAUAAACCCACCAAAAUAUUAUCACCAGAAUAUUGCUGGGAUUUUAAUCAUGAAAGGAAUUCCGAUAUCAAAACUGUCAAACUCUCUUGGAAUCUUAAGUAUUAUAAAUUUCUUAGAGUGACAGCAUAAUUUUAUAGCCCUUCCUUUAUAUUUCUGAAUUUAAGGGCAUCAUUUUGUCUCAUUCUUUAGAAAAUUAUCUUAUUCCUUAGAAAAUUUGCACUCUACAAAAUUUAGCACUAAAAAAAUCACAAACAAAAUGGCAAGCCCACUACAGAGCAAACUUACACUUUCCCUUAUGUUCAUUUUGAAUCAUACAACAUGAGAUUUAAUAGUUGCAAAUAGGUUUACUGAAAUCAGAAGAAGAUAUGAAUGUUGAAAUAUUAUUUGUUGGAUCGUAUCAAACAAAAUUGAUUGUUACAAGAAAAUGAAAUGUGAAAUACUUUCAUUGAUCCAAGUAGAUAAAAAUUUUUCUAUUCCUUAAGGAAAUGAGUUAUCUAGAGGUGUGGGGAAAAGAAGAUCCCUACAACUAUAUUAAUAUGCCCUAUAUGUAAAACUUUGAAAACAUUGAAGCUGUAACCAAACUUUGA